AAACUGUGCAUGCUUACUAUAAUAGAGAAGAACGGGACUGUUUGUAGUCCUGAGGUCAGUCAAAGCUGAUGUCAUUUCAGUUGUAGCCAUUUAUAAAGUCUAAAGCUACUAUACAGUUCCUCACGCACACCCACUCCUGACAGAGAGACCAUCUGUCCCCACACCACAGGACAAUACCACAGUUCCUGUUUACUGCAAUGAUAUACAUAACCUAAAGUCAGAGGAUCAGUAGGGAUGACAUCAAUUCCAGUUUCACAAUCCAAGACACCAAACUGCUGAGUAACACACCGCCUGUAUCAUCUCCUCAAGGAUUUUAGGAUGAGAGCUGGCCAACUUUUCAAAUCUGCGGAUGGCUUUCAAGCAUCAAUCAUAGACGGUGUAUUAUCAAGAACGUGUACAACGUCACGUAUUUUGUUAUAUCCUGUCUGGCGACAUUUUUUCAUGACAAUGCUCAUGGCGUCACGGGUGUGAGUUUUAUCUUAUGGGAGUAUCUGUUACCUGCGCCAGUCUGCAGUCUGUUUCCACAGGCUUCUGUUUACCUCGACGCAGUCAGGCAUAUUCAGAACAGCCAAAAGGAGCCAGCUGGGAUUAUUUAAAGUGGAGAUAUGGAUGAUGAGGCUCAGGAGUGCCCGGUCUGUUACGAGAAUCUGUCAGAAAGUGUCAGGACACUGAGCUGCGGCCACCAUUUCUGUCAUGACUGCUUGGUACGAACACUGCUGAACGCCAACCUGAAUGGAUCUAUUAAACGGGACAUUAUCAUCUGUCCCGUCUGCAGACACCUUACAUUCAUCACAAGGUUCCACCGAUUCACAGCUUCAAUUACUGAAGCCAAAAACACUGGCAAGACUUUGGAGGUGCCAUCUGUGCCCACUGCUGUAUUAUCUAGGAAUGCUGGGAUAUCUCAUAGCGGAGGUCUCGACUGUUUCGGCACAUGUCUACGAAAGAUCUCAUGUAUACUUUGUAGACGAAGGCUUAUCUGUCCUAAAGACUCUUCUGAUGUGUUCAUCAUAAGUGAGUCUGGCCGACCCAUGGACGAGAGUGAUGUUAUUGACAUUGGAACAACUUCAACCAUGCAACACAGCUACAGGAAUGGACACAGAAUUUGUACAAUCUCCUGUUGUCUUCUCAUCUUAAUGAUCGCUUUCACCUUACUGGCUUUGGUGGCUGCCACACUUCCGUGGGUUUUAUUGGCAUAAACAGUGUGGCACUGUUAGAUAUAAUCCAUUUAAUUGAUGUUUAUUUAUGUUGUACCUAAUGUAUUGCUGCAGGACAAGUGUAUUAUUUACUUUUACAGGACUGAUGUGUGUUUUUGUCUGCUCAGAGUAAAUGUUUUUAUGGAGAACAAUACCACAUAUCAAACAGGUGAUCUGAGCCCAACUCAUCAAGUGACUUUGACCAUUUAAACUUGGAGUAGCAAAGAUGAGCUGGUCACCUGAUCCUGGAAAAAACAUUGUGGGAUUCAAUUACAUCUACUAUGGACACACACGGUUUAAGAAUGGUGAAUGUUUUUUUUAACUGAUUGCUUGGAAUGACACACACCCUCUCGCUUGUCUAGAAACUCUUGUCACACAGGUUAGCAAGCGUCUUCAGCUAGUUUCAGCCUUAAAAGGGACUGAAACCUCCUGUUCUGCUGAAUGUAUUAGUCAUAUUAGAUUAGGGGUGUUUCUGUAUAGCUAUACACUAAUGCUGUCUCAAUGUGAAUUUAAACCCUUUUGGAAUCUGGGGCCGGAUUCACUAAAAAAAUUCUUCUGUGAGAAAACCUCACAGUUAAAUUAAAAUCCCCAUGAAAUUAAAACUGACAAUUCUAUAUUACAGCAAUCAUUACAAAUAAUUUAUUUGUGUAGUUCAUUUUUUUUUAUUACGUGCCCUCAAAAACUAAAAAAUGUAUUUCCUUCCCAGUGGAGGCCGGUGACUUCUUUUUCAAGGGCGCACAAUGUGAUGCUCGUCACAACAUGUGCUCGUCAUGUCAAAAUAUGUGUUUGGUGCAUCAUGUAAACGUAUAUGCAUCACCUGCAGAUGCUUCAAAGGGGCUUACGACAAAUGAGACACUCAUGUUUGCCAGAUACUUACUUAAUCUUGUGUGUAAUCAUAGCGCAGUGUUAAGGGAGUGUCUUGCGAGUAUUUUGUGAAUGUAAGCGUCACUUUUAUCAAAAACCCAUUCGACGCGUGCGCAGCAGGCACUUAUUUUGACAAGACGCAUGAUGCACAUGGUUCACAUGACGCUACGAACACAUAUUUUGACAUGACGAGCAGCACACAUGACACUCCGAACACAUAUUUUGAAUUGUGUGAUAAUCCGUUUGACAUCACAAUAUGGAAGUCGAUCACGACAACUUUUGCACUGGGAUUUUAAAUCUUAAAAGGUAAAAUGUUUUAUACGUUUAUUUGGUAGUUUGGAAAGUCAGAAAUGGCAAUUGAAACUGUUUUUUCUUUUUCAAAAGAUGAACUCACUAAUGAGGAAUUUUUAUACUGAUAUAAUAAUGAUCAAGUGUAACUGCCUUACUUCACCAAUAGUCUGAAUAAUUAUAAUGUAAUAUUUAUUUUCCAUCAAUUGAAAACAGCUUACAAAUGUUACAGUAUGUCCAUAUUAAAAUCGAUAGCAAAUUAUUACAAUAUGUGACAAUCAUCAUUUUAUUCUUAAGAAAAAAUCUACAUUUGAGAACUUCUUAAGAGAUUUUGAGAAUUGCACUUAGCAUUCUUACCAAUGUCUUCUCAUUUAUCCUAAAAACAUUAUUACGUUUGUCUAUAUUUUUGUGAAUCUGGCCCCUACUUUGUACAUGUUCGUAUAAGAGAUUCUUUCUAUUUUACAGUGUUUUGUUUUCUAGAAGAAGGCUAAAAGAGAAAAAAAUGGAGACAGACAAGUAUGAAGCAGAGGAUCUUAAUAAGGUAUUACGAUCAUUUUAUGCAUCUGUGCAAAGUUUCACAGAAGGAUAAAAAUGUUAAUUUAAAACAAAUAUGCCAAUAAAAUGUUUCAAAUUCA